CGUCGUUUCCGUUUUAUAAAAGCAGCUGCGAUACGUUUCGGAACCUAUUCGUCUUCAGAAUCUGUGACCCUGCGAUCAAACCCCUGAAAAUACCCAAAUUUCCAAAUUCUUCAAUUCACCAAACCCUAGCUCCCAAUUCCCUCUAAAUAAAAAUGACUCUCCAAAUCUUCGUCCAAUCCCCUGAGCCACAAAUUCCCUCCCAGACCCUUACCCUAACUCCAUCUUCAACACAAACCCUCCACCAUCUCAAGCUCUCUCUCCUCCCCAAACCCUUAAUCGAGUUUUUUUCCUCCUCAUUCUACUUCACCCUCAAUGGCAAGCCCCUCCCUGACUCCACCCUGCUCGAAAGCCCCCAAAUUGCCCCUCUCUCGACUCUGGUUUUACACCACAGACUUUCCGGCGGUGGCGGCGAUGGUGGUGCCACCGGAGCCGAGUCCCGCGACUGCUAUCUCAACAUGUACGCGGAGCGAAAGCCCGAUAAGGUCGACCCCAACGAGCAGAGGCUAUCUAAGUGGACAAAUUGCGCGCUCUCUAACGAGCCAUUGAGGGAACCCUGCGUGAUCGAUCGGCUCGGUAAUGUGUUUAACAAGGAAGCGCUUGUGGAGGCGCUUCUGGGCAAGAAAUUGCCCAAGGAAUUCGGCUACAUCAAGGGCUUGAAGGACAUGAUUACAGUUAGGUUUUCGAGGGUUCCAGGGGCGGCAGAAUCGGAUGAAAACGCUGGCGGCAGGACGCUGUUUGAGUGCCCAAUUACCGGCCUCGAGAUUAACGGAAAGUAUAGGUUUUUGGCUUUGAGGAAUUGUGGGCAUGUUUUGAGUGCGAAGGCCUUGAAGGAAGUGAAGUCCUCGGCAUGCCUUGUAUGUCACGAGGAGUUUCAGGAAUCGGAUAAGAUUGUGAUAAAUGGGAGCGAGGAGGAGGUGGCGGUGUUGAGGGAGAGGAUGAUGGAGGAGAAGGCGAAGGUGAUGGAGGAAAAGGCGAAGGUGAGGGAGAAGAAAGUGAAGAAGAAUGGGGAGGAAGGUGUAGAAUUGGAGAUUUCACGUUUGAGUGGUAGGAAGCAUGGAAUCGAUGUGAAGGCGGUGGAGAAGGCGGUUUCCGGUAAAUUGGAUGGAAAUGGGAAGUCUGCCAAUGGUGGGGUAGUUAAAGGAUCAUUGAAGCGAUUCAAGGCAGGGGAUAUGGCCCCGGCGAAUGCUACCAAAGAAGUUUAUGCUUCGAUAUUUACAUCGUCUAAGAAGUCAAAUUUUAAGGAAACAUACUCUUGCAGAUCUCUGCCGCUUGGUAGGAACUGAUGAUUGGUGGUAUGGAGUAUGACGACGUCUUCUCGUUUGAGCUAUCUUUUGGUUUAUUUUUCAGUUCUUGUUGUAAUUGGACUUGCUCAUUUAUAGAAAACAUGGAUUUCUUGAGGUUGCUCUUUGCAUCCUUAUUGUCA